AUGUCUUUUGAUGUGGAAUCUCUGCGAACAAGGAUACGCGAAUUCCUCGUGGCCCCUAACACGGACUUGGCGUCAGUCAGCCGGAAGCAAAUUAGGGACUCGCUGAUUGACGAGAACGGCCCAUUCACGCCGGAGCUGGCGAAAGAGCACAAGCUGGCAUUGAAAGAUCUCAUCACCGCCGUUUUCAACGAAGUCACCUCGGAGAGGGGAGAAGAAGCGCGUUCGGAGUCUGCGGAAUCGUCCAGUAAACGGAAACGCGAACACGAAGAAGAGGAUGCCGAGGAAGACGUGGAAGAGGACGGCGCAACCGAGGGUGACGCGACGCAUGACGGCGCAGGGGAUGACGACGCGGACGAAGACGAACAGACGCCCCCUCCUGCUAAGAAGAAGAAGGUCACCUCGAAGAACGAGUUGACUGACGCUGAAAUGGCCAAGCAGCUGUCGAGCGAACUCAACGGUCGACCGCGAGCUGCACGGGCUGCAGCACCGAAGCCGAAAGCCCGAGCCAAAUCGACGACCAAGGGACGGGGAAAGAAGAAGAGCGCAGAUGUUGUCGACUCGGAGGAUGACUCAGAUGCCAUUGAGGGAGGAGGGAAGAGCAAAACGAAGAAAAAGUCCUCUGGAGGCGGGGGUGCUCGUGGCGGUUUUGCGAAGGAGUACUCGCUCAGCGAGCCUUUGGCUGCGGUGUUGAAUGUAGACAAGCUAUCGCGACCGCAAGUAGUGAAACGCAUGUGGGAGUACAUCCGUGAGAACAACCUCCAAAAUCCCAAUGAUAAGCGCGAGAUUAUCUGUGAUGAGAAGCUUCAGCGCAUCUUUAAUGCUCCGUCCACCAACAUGUUCAAGAUGAACAAAACCCUCUCUCAGUCAGUAUCUGUUUUCUCUAUGCGUUGA